AUGACUUUAGAUUGUGCCAAGGCCGGACAAAGGUAUGACUUAACAAACUGUACUUUAGAAUUUGGAUCACCACUGCCAAAGAAACCCUUCAAACUGGACACUCUUAAUAUACCUAAUUCUCAUAUAAAAACUUCAGAUAAAUCGACUAUUACAAAUUUAUGCAGUGGGACCUAUUUGCCUAACAAAGAUUUAAUUAUACUGUUAAAUGAAUCUCCUAUCAGAUACAAACUAAGAUUUAGCAAUUCGUCCGAGACAGAUAUCGAUUCGGAGACAAAAUCUUUCGACUCCAUCUUUGAUACCCGCGAUUUUUCGAAUAGCAAUACUAAUAACCCAUCUGCCAUCAACAGGGGUAAAAAAUUUCACGAUUCUACCCGUGAUAGCUCACCCGUUCCUUCGUCUUUCAGAGCGAGGGAAAGGACGGGAAGCGGAAGAAGAAGAGGAAGAAUAGAAAAAAGGAAUUUCCAACGCUGCGAAAGUUUAGAAGGGAACUGCGAAAUUUUGGAAAAUUUUGAGGAAUCUGACAUACAACUAUUCGGCCUCUCCGAUACAACCCUUUUGGAAGAAACAUUCAAUUUAUUCGGUUUAAGUGGCGAAAGAAGUGUACGCAUGACGACAACUUACAACGAUUUUGAAGCGGUCGCGCAUUUGCUCGAAGAAAAAGAACGAGAUUUGGAGCUGGCCGCUAAGAUUGGCAAAACUUUAAUUGCUCGGAUCAGGCAACUGCAAAAUCAAAACGAUACAUUAGAAGAGCAAUUGAUUAUUGCAAAUGAAACGAUAUCACAAUUGAGAUACGAGCUAAAAUGCAAGGACAAGAUGCUACAGAUAUACAUUUCCGACGACAAUGAUCAAUCACCCACUUAUAGUCCGAUUGACAAUAAUAUGGAUAGGAAUUAUAGCCUCUACGCUUCUCCAUGUUACAAUAAAUCAUUAAAACUCUUGGAGGAAAAAACCUCUAGAUUGGAGAAGGAAAAUGAACAUUUACAAAUCGAGACUCGCAAGUUAGGCGGUACGGUAAACGAUUUUGAAAAUAGAGAGUUGGAAUUGGUCGAUGAUUUCGUCCAGCAAUUCAACGAAUGGAAUGCCAAAGUUCAAACGCUAUUAGCUGAUCUAGAAACAAAAGACAAUUUCGCGGCAGAGCAAAGGGAAGAAUUGGAUUCCUUGAUCAAAGAUUUAGAAAUUUCCAAGCACGAAAAGAAAGUUAUGAGCAAAAAUAUGGAAGAACUCAAGUGUAAACUUAUAUUAUCGGAAAACUACCAAAUAGAUCUCAACAAACAGUUAUUGGACAUGCAGAUUCGAUACAAGGAAGCCGCUUCCAUGCUACACAUUAUUCAGGAAAACGCCAGGAACGAAACAUUACAUACCGAUCCCAAUACAUUGAACGACCAAUCGAAAGCCUGCUGCUUUUAUUGCUCACUGAUAAAUUCCUCGAAAAAUGAAGUUGAAAUGUUUGGCAACGAUGCCGAUAGAAACGCAUCAUCCACUCACGUAGAUUGUAACAUGCCUUUCGAGUCAUCAUCACCCAAUCAAGAAACGCUCAAUUUUAUAGCAGAAAGUGGAUAUGAGUCUUCCAUCAACAGAAUUCCACUGCGUCAAAGUUACAAAUUUAAUAAUCUCUUACCAAACUCCGACAAUUUCAAUCAACCGGUGAUCCCUAGGUAUCUUGAUUUUACUUAUGACAGCACAUUGUCACAGUCUUCCUCUUCUAUAUCUUGUCAAGCUUUAUCAAACGCAUCUGAAGAUUUUUGUGACCAUAAAUCCGCAGAUAAUAAUUAUAUCACGCACAAUAAAAUGGUCAAAAAAUCAGCUUCGGAAUACGACAAUAAAUUUGCUCACCUUAAACCCGUUGAAAAGCUAGUUGGAAACUCAAAAAAAAUGAGUUACCUGCGCAAACUGAAAUUAGUUAAAUCUUUGGAAGGAUCCAUCACACUUUCCAAAUGGAAAACCUUGGCCUCCAAUUCCUUGACUCCGCUCACUCCACCAGGCCAUAAAGACAAUAAACCGCAUAAGAAUAGGAUAGAUAAUCAACUUCAAAUCAUGAAUAAUGACCAUUUCCACGACGAUUCUUUAAAGAAAGGCAUUUUGAAUCGCGUUUCUUUGCCCUUGAACUCUUCGUUUUCCCUCACCGACCUGACUGAACAAAAACAUUAUACCCAUAUUUGGCUCAAUACUCAUAUUAAGGAAGAAAGGGAAGCCUUUCUCAAGCAAACAUUUGACUCUAAGAAUUUCCAGGCUCUAGCCAGACCACGCAAAUCAUUUUUAAAUUCUUCGCUGCUAACGCUCAAGAAUGAUAAAAGUUACAAAUACACCGACAAUGAUGCCAUCGAUUCACAUUCCGCCAUAACAUCAAUGUGUCUCGCUCCUCCUUCUAAAAACUACAAAGCUAAUUACCAUUCUAUGGGCCUGGCCUCUAUUCUGUUUACCUCCCAAAGUGACAACCUCGAUAAACAUGUAUCUAAAUCGACUAGCUCUUUGGAUUCACUCAGCACUCUGGAAGAACAUCAAUUCGAUCAUCUUAACCGAAAUUUCGAUAAUUUAUACUAUAUUCCCUCUCUCGCUGCGCAAAAUAAUUAUUUUAGGGGGCGAAAAUCGAACCUAACAAUAGACAGACUUAAGGAUACAAUGCGGUCCUUAGAUUUUAUAACGCAUCAUAACCAUGGCAAAGGCGAUGGCAAUCAUAACGCGACAAAUAAAAUUUGUAGAGACACUUCGAAAGUUCUCACCAAUGGUUAUAAAAAUUAUUACACCCCUGGAAGGCAAACUAACAACGGGAAACCUCGGGUGCUAAAUAUAGACGCAUUUUACGCCAAUAUGCAUAGGCUACGAAGGUUACAAAGAUCUAACAACGGCCUUAAUACAUUUAAACCUGCCGCUUCUGUCAAAGUAGAUCUUAAGAAAUCGAACUCUAAUGAUUUUUCGAAAUUUAUGACUAACCCUCCUUCCUGUUUUUCUUACAUCAACAGAUAUAAUUCUAGUUGCGUUAUCGAAUAAUUAGGGCUAAAAAGGAUUUUUCCGAUAUAAUUUUAUACUAAAUGUAUGAUAGGGAUCAAUUCUUUAAAAAAAUAUUUGUUUUAUCAGAUUUUUUUUUAUAAAUUUCAAUUUUCAUUUACAUUUUUUUUAGGUCUGGGGGUUUUUCCCCGCAUUUGAUGUUUCCUUCUAUUCAUAGAAAAUUUUUUUAUCCAAAAAAUCAAAAAGUUUUGAAUUCAAAAAAUAUUUUUUAAUCUUUUUCGCUUUUAUCGUUUUUUAUAUCUGGUCUCUUGAGAAGCUUUAUAAACGGCGUGUUAUCCGGUAAAAUUAGACUAACACGAUUUAUUUCUUUUUUAAGAAAUAAUUAAUAAUAUAAUAUUAUUUAAAACUACGGUGACUAAAAUUUUUUAUAUAAUAAUAUAUUACAAAUAAAUAUAUAUAUUUAAAAAAAAAGGUAAAAAUAAUUUUAGUCAGAUUUCUAUAAACAUUUCGUUAAUUUUAAAAACUGAAAUCGCGUACAAAUAGUUUUACAUUUAUAAUGUAUAAUUCCCAUUUUUUAAAUAACAAAAACUAUGUUUUUUGCACCCAUUUUUGUUUGCAUACUAAUUUAAUGAUUUAGCAGAUGCUUAGAAUCUGCUGAUAUCAAGGAAUCAUUUUGGAUAUUACCCAUUAAAAAUAUAUUUUUUUAUAAAAAAAAGUGGUAUCUAAUGAUUGGAGUCCUUUAAUACCGAAACCUAAAAUAUAAAUAUUAUAAAUAAUAUAUAGUUUUAUAACAUAAUAAUUAAUAAUAUAUAAUUUAGCAUAAUAAAAGAGGCAGUUUUAUAUUUUCGCUAUUAAAAUUGUGUAAAUUCUAUUUAUGAAUUUUUUUUUUAAAAAUUGUUUGGAAUUUAAAAAUAUACCUUUUUUAAUAAAAAUGAUUAUAU